AUGGUCGAGAAUCUGUGGAAUAACCAUUCAAAAGGCGUUCGAGUCCAGGUAAGCUUCGCAGGCAACAAUCUUUACAUUUUUUCAUUCAAUAGUGAUUCUGAGAGGGAUUGGGUGCUGCAUAAUAGUCCAUGGUAUAUCUUGAAUAAGCCACUAAUCCUAAGGAAAUGGGAGUAUAACACUAAAAGACUUCAAUUCAAUCUUUCCAAAAUUCCUCUGUGGGUACAUCUCUUCAAUGUACUUCUCGAACUGUUUUCGAUGGAGGGCCUUAGCUACAUAGCUAGUGCCAUAGGAAACCUACUAACCAUGGACUCUGUCACUGACUCUAAAUCAAGAUUAGAGUUUGCUAAAAUUUAUGUUGAGGUUGGACUGAUAGAUGAAAUCCCUAAUUCUAUAGAAGUAAUUCUUGGAAAUGGCCAAACAACUAUUGUUUUUGUCGAAGUUCUUUGGCUUCCACAUAACUGUAAAAAAUGUAACAAGUUUGGUCAUACUGAGAAUGACUGCCUUGCUUCUAAAGUUUCACCUCCUGCUAAUUUACAAAUUUGGAGGAAAAAAGGAGAAUCACUCCCUGUUGUGCAACCUGAUCUUCCUGGUAAUUCAGAUUCUUACCAAGUUCCUUUGUCUUUUAAUUCUCUUACAAAGAAUGAGAAUCCAUUAAAAGAAAAAGAAUCUACUAAAGUAACAGCUAGCUCUUCAAUGACACCCUCUGAUUCUACUGCCAAGAAUGAUCAACCUCUAACUUUUCCUGAUUCUAAUGAAGUAUGCAAUACUUCAAAAUCUUCUAUACCUCAAAUUGUUUCUACUAUCUCUAAACCUACUGCCAUUAAUGAUUCACCUAAACCAUUUCCUGAUUCAAUUGAGGUCUGUAAUACUUCAAAACCUCCUUUCCCUCACACUGAAUCUUCUGUUGAAGGACAUGAUAAUUCUCUUCUUGGAAAUGUUAUUAAAGCUCCUAACGUUCCUAAAAGAGAAAGAGUUCGACCUAAUAAAGUUUUGCACAGGGCUAUUCUCUACAAGGUUGAUGUUCUUUGUCUAUUAGAGACCAGGGUUAAACCUAAAAAUUUUGAAGACAAUAUAAAACUCAAAUUCAGUAACUGGAACUACUACACAAACUAUGACUAUGCUUCAAAUGGUAGGAUUUGGUUCCUUUGGAAAAAAGGCUUGGAUUUAUCAUUCUGCCAAGCUACUGCCCAAAGUAUCACUGUUAAAGGUCUUAGAAAUGGUGUCCCUUUUUUUAUCUCAGCUAUUUAUGGUUACAAUGAUGGUUCACAAAGAAAACAACUUUGUUCUGACCGUUACAUCCUGGGUUCUUACACUUCCAAUGAAAUGAAAGAUUUCCAAGACACUAUCCAAGAUCUUCUCCUUCAAGAUCAUCCUUUCUUUGAACCAACCUUCACAUGGAUCAAUAAACAAAAAAAAUCUUACCUUGCUAGAAAACUUGACAAAGUUCUUGUCAAUUCUUAUUACGUCAGCUCCUUUCAUAAUUCCUUUGUGGAAUUUCUUGCUCCAUGGCCCUCUGAGAAUUGUAUGGCUCUUGUUUGGCUUAACAAAGAUCCCCAUACUAAUCGCCCCAAACCUUUCAAAUUUUUUAACUUCUGGACCAAACACCCUAAUUUCCUGCCUGAAAUUCAAAGCUCUUGGCAACAAUCAAUGCAAGGAAAUCCAAUGAUGUAUUUUUUCCUAAAACUAAAGAAUCUUAAGACUUGCUUGAGGAAUUUAAACAAGGAUUGUUACAGUAAUAUUUCUGCUAGGGUCAAGCAAAAGAAAACUGAGCUUGAACAAAUUCAGCUCUCUACUCUCAACAUAACUUCUUAUAUUGAAUCUAAGCUUAUUAUUCAGACUUUAGCAGAUUUAGAUAAAAACAUCACUGAUGAGGAGAUUAAAAAUGCUUUCUUCAGUCAAGGAAAUGAUAAAGCACCUGGCUCUGAUGGUUACACCCCAUUCUUCUUUAAAUCAACCUGGUCAAUGGUUGGUGAGGAUGUGAUAAAAGUUGUAAAAUACUUCUUCCAUAACUCUUUCAUUUUACCAGCUUUUAACUCAACCAUUAUUGCCCUUGUCCCUAAGAUCACUAAUCAUAGCAAGGUAAAAGAUUAUAGACCCAUCUCCUGUUACUCUGUGGUCUAUAAGGCAAUUACUAAGAUUCUUGUUAAAAGGCUGACAAAUAUGCUUCCUAAAAUAAUUACUCUUAAUCAAACAACCUUUGUUAAGGGUAGAAAUAUUAUUGACAAUACUCUUCUAGCCCAAGACCUAGUUAAAGGCUAUGGAAAAAAAUCCAUUUCUCCAAGGUGUGCUAUCAAGAUUGACCUUCAAAAAGCAUUUUACUCUCUUGACUGUGGAUUCAUUUCUUCUAUUCUCAAAGCCAUUGAACUGCCUCAUAAAUUCAUUGCUUGGAUAGAAGCUUGUUACUCCGAAGCUAGAUAUUCAAUCUUAUUCAAUGGUUCUUUAAUUAGCUAUUUCAAAGGGGAAAGAGGUUUAAGGCAAGGAGAUCCAUUAUCUCCCAUUCUUUUUGUUCUAGCAAUGAACAUUCUCUCAAAGCUCCUUAAUCUUGUUGUUGCCAGAGGUUUAUUCGGACAAUUCUUGCUUCCCCAAGCUGUUAUUAAUAGAAUCAAUCAGCUUUGCUCAAGAUACUUAUGGAAAGGCUCUGACUCAUCAGCCUCUGGUGCAAGAGUAAGUUGGGGAAUGAUCUGCAGUCCUAAAUAUGAAGGAGGGCUAGGAUUAAAAGAUUUAAAAUCUUGGAACAAGGUCUGCAUGAUGCAACUCAUUCGAAACCUUCUUGCUGGUCAAGGAUCCUUGUGGAUUGCAUGGACUCAUACCUAUGUGAUCAAAUCUAAAGACUUUAAUCAGAUGUCUACAAGUGCUUCCUCAAGUUACACCUUCAAUAGACUUUUGAAACUGAAAACUGAGGCCAUCCCCAUUCUUAAUGCAGGAGUUACGAAUGCAAAAGAGAUCUGGGAAGAGAUUCGAAUCAAGCAUGACAAAGUUCCUUGGCAUAAGCUUAUUUGGUUUCCCCUUCACAUCCCAAAAUUCAGUAUUAUUACUUGGCUAGCAAUCCUUGAUCGGCUCCCUACAAGGGAAAGACUCUUACGAAUGGGAAUCACCACUGCUAGUUAUUGUAUCCUUCGCAAUAACGCCCUUGAAACGAGAAACCAUUUAUUUGUUAACUGCACUAUAGUUACUUCUAUUUGGAAUGGUAUUUUAAAUCUUUGUCACUUAUCCAUACCUCAAAUGUCAUGGGAGAACAAGCUUGCUUGGGCUUCUUCUACUUGA